ACAUAUUUUAGUCGGCAGCGAACGCUUGAGUGAAUUUGUCGUCUUAUCCGCGCAGUUUGUGUGAAAAACAAGUGAUACUAAUUUAGUACUGACUUUUCAAUGUGGAUCUUUAUUGCAAUACUAAUUGGACUGCUAGGCGUUUAUGCUUUUAGACUACGCAAAGACUAUGUGCUCCUAGCAUUAUGUCGUAGAUUCAAAACCAUUGAUGGCGGACCCUUGGACAAAACUGUGGCUACUGGAAAGGGCACAACUAUUUUUGGCAACACUUUUGAUACUCUCGGAAUGACCUCAGAGCAAUUGUUUUAUUAUUCUCGUGAUUAUGCUAAGGAACUGAAGCGAAGCUACGUUCAAUAUGUCUUUGGGUUCCCAAUUUACAAUAUUAUUGAUGCUGACGAUGCGGAACUUAUUUUAAAUGAUAAUAACUUGAUUACCAAAGGAGAUAUGUACCGGUUUCUGCAGCCCUUUCUGAAAACGGGUUUAUUAACAAGUACUGGACAGUAUUGGCAUGGCAGGCGGAAAUUAUUGACUCCAGCAUUUCAUUUCAAAAUACUGGAACAGUUCCUAGAUGUAUUUAAACAGGAGAGCGUUAAGGUUCUAGACCUUAUUCAGAAUAUGUUAGAUGCUACAGAUGGCCCUUGUCAGAUUAAUUUAAAUGACAUAAUACCGCGAUUCACGCUCAACAGCAUUUGCGAGACGGCGCUGGGCGUCAAACUGGACGAUUGUUCGGAUGGUGAUGAAUAUCGAAGUAACAUCACAAUAGCGGAGCAUAGUUUUAUAAAAAGAGUUAUUAACCCUCUGAUGUCCAGCGAUGCUUUAUACAAUCGUUAUGGAGAUGGUGUCAAGGAUAUUCCUACCCUUAAUAAACUACAUUCCUUCUCAAGCAGUAUCAUUGAAAAACGAAGGCAAAAUUUCAAUGAAGACAACCUAAAGGAAAUAGACGACAUUGAAUCAAGGUACUUGAACACUAAACAACGAUACGCUAUGCUAGACACAAUGUUGAUGGCUGAGAAAGAAGGACUUAUCGAUCACGCUGGCAUUUGCGAAGAAGUUGACACCUUUAUGUUCGAGGGUUUCGAUACCACAUCUAUGAAUCUCAUACUAACUCUUGCUUAUUUAGCAAAUCAUCCACAAUGGCAGCAACGCUGCUUUGAGGAGAUUUCUGAACUAAUACCAAGCAAAGAUCUCAGUGAGUUGGAUAAUCGCACCCUUUCGCAAAUGAAAUUUUUAGAAUGUGCCAUCAAAGAAACACAAAGGCUUUGUCCCUCGGUGCCCGGCAUGAUGCGAGAGUGCCAUGAAGAAACGAAAUUGGCUAAUAAUUUGAUUAUGCCGAAGGGCACCCAGAUUAUCGUGCAUAUAUUCGACAUACACCGCAAUCCCCAAUACUUUGAGAACCCAGAUGAAUGGAUUCCUUCUCGAUUCCUUCCAGAAAACUCCGAGCACAGACAUCCGUUUGCAUUUAUACCAUUUAGCGCAGGACGUCGCAAUUGUAUUGGACAAAAAUUUGCUAUGCUGGAAGUGAAAACUUUGCUGGUUCACAUAUUGCGAAAUUUUGAAAUAUUGCCCGUAAGUAACCCAAGAGAAUUCAAGUUCUUAGCAGGCAUUUUAAUCAGAACCAAAUCUGAUGUGUUCAUUAAGAUUGUGAAACGUCAAGCUGAAUACACAGUAAACAGUAUAUAAUUUCAGUGGCAUA